AUGUCAGACUCAUUUUGCAAUCAUCCAAUCUCUCCUCCUUCUCUCAUUUCCGUGCCGGGUGGAACAGGCGCUCUUCCACAAGACGCGGUGUUUCUCCUCAAGCACUACUCAUCCACCGUCAUCAGUUUAAUGACACCCGUCAGACAUAAGAAGACUCCAUGGCAUGUUCUCUUCAUCCCGCAUGCGAAAGACUGCCUUGCAGCACUCGCACUGGGCGAGGAACUUAACCAUGCCAGUCUUUGUGCCUUCUAUGGCACCCUGGCCACCAGUGCGUUUAGUCUGGGUGGUGUUUCUCGAUCUCAGUCAUGGCUUGACCAAGGUCAUCAAUAUUUGCGCCAAGCACAGGAACACGCCCGAAAUAUGCUCAUGGCUGCUUAUAACAUCCCCAAACCAGCCAAAUACAAGUCAAUAUUGAUGGCCCUGCUUACAAUGGUACAACUGUCGAACUUUUGUGGAAAUAGAAACGAGGCAGAAGGCUAUUUCUUGGAAGCAGAGAAAUUCAUCCGGUUGAAAGGGUUGAAGCGAAAGAAGUCGCGAAAAGUCCGACUUCUGCAUCACUGCUACGUCUUCGAGCGAAUGUUCCACGAAAGCAUCUUCAUUGGGGGAGCAAAUUCAAAUCAACGAAGACAUAUUCGGCGAGCUAUUGAAUCUAGCGGACUAGCUCCUGCGAGUGUGGAUGGCUUGUCUUUCCGUCUUUAUAAAUACAAUAAUUUGCAUCAAGAGAUGCUCCGCGUCAGAGGGAGGGAAGAGGGAGAAAAUGAUCUCCAUCUCGAGCGACCUGGAACAUUCUCCGCAACACUAUACCCAGAGAUAUUUGGCAUUCCAGAAACUUGGAUGAUUCUCUUAUCGAUGAUUAUUCGACUCGGAACCGAGAAAGACGCCGCAGAAGAGCAGAACAAUCCGAACGAGUUAAAUCUCAAAGAUUUCAUCGGUCGGGCAAAAGCACUUGAAGACUAUAUUAAUCACCUUGAACGGCCAAGCCAAAUUGCACCCGGUCUAGGAACCCAUAAAUCAUCCGUCGAUCAGCAUAUUUUGGAAAAUAUGCUCGAGGCCAUGCGGCAGGCCUUGGCUAUUUACUUCUAUCGCCGAAUCUACGACCUGGAUGCAUCAAUGCUGCAAAAGAAAGUAGCUGAUGUACGUGACUGCCUGCUUCAAUGUGAAUACGCCGAUUCGAGCGUGGUACACGGUUCCGCUGGUUUCAUCUGGCCAGCUUUUAUUGCAGCCUGCGAAGCAGAAGAUCCUAAGGUACAGGAAUCGUUUUCUGCUUGGUUUGAGGUUUCAGCACAGCGCAGUGGACUUUCAUCUUUUGCUCAAACUCAGGCUUCGAUUGAAAAGGUAUGGGAGGAGAAACGCAAUUCAAAUGGCAGUAGCUCGACUUGGGUCGACUUAAUGAAGAGGUCGGUAGCUUUACAACAAUGA